CAAGGUCACUUCAAAGUUGACCUUAAAUUUUGUUUUGUUAAAACUUUGAUAUUUUGCUUAGUAUAAGGACUAGGAUCAUCAAAUUUUGUCAGUUGAUGCAUCUUAGGACCUAAUAUCAUGUUGUCUCAAAAGUAGGUCAUGGUGACCUAUUUUUUAAUUUCGCAGGUAAUUAUUAUUAAAUGGAUUUUGAUGCAUAUCUUGGACACUUUUGAGCCUAUGAUCAUCAAAAGUUGUCAGUUGAUGGAUCAUGGGACCUUGAACUACGUCAUGUGAAAAGUAUGUCAUCAUGACCUACUUUCUGAAUUUUAUGGCUAAUCAUUUAUGAAUACAUUUUAGGUUGUUAUUUCAGAUACCGAGAGGUUUAGAAUCAUCAAACCUUGUAAGUUGAUGCGUCUAGAGGCCUCAAAACAUAUUUAUUUAAAAAAGUAGGUCACGGUGACCUACUUUUUUUAAUUUUGCAGACAUUCAAAUUUCACAUUUUCAAUCAGUUUAGAUGCAUAUUUUGGACACUAUGAAAGCUAGGAUCAUCAAACUUUGUCAGUUGAUGCAUCUUGAGUCUUCAUAGUUUGUUGACCAAAAACUUUUGGAAUUUGACGGCUAUAUUUUAAUAUUUAAGAUACUAUUUGACUUACAAUUAUCAAACACUGUCAGUUGAUGCAUGUUGAGUCUUCAGAGUGUGUUGACUAAAACGUAGGUCACCGUGACCUAUUUUUGGAUUUUGACGGCUAUAUUUGAAUAUUUCAGAUACUAUUUGACUUACAAUCAUCAAACUUUUGUCAGUUGAUGGGUCUUGAGUCUUCAGAGUGUGUCGACCAAAAAGUAGGUCACUGUGACCUACUUUUGGAAUUUGACGUUUAUAUCUGAAUAUUUCAAAUACUAUUUGACUUCAAUUAUCAAACUUUGUCAGUUGAUGCAUCUUGAGUCUUUGGAGUGUGUCGACCAAGAAGUAGGUCACUGUGGCCUUCUUUCGGAAUUUGACAGCUAUAUUUGAAUACUAUUUGACUUGUCAGUUGAUGCAUCUUGAGUCUUCGGUUUGUCGACCAAAAGUAGGUCACCGUGACCUACUUUUGGACAGUUACAUUUAAAUUUUCAGGUACUAUUUGACUUAACAUCAUCAAACUUUGUUAAUUGAUGAAUCUUGGUUAGUGAGAAUUUUUGCCUGUUCUACAAUGUAUCAGAAGAGCGAUUCUAGGCCCAUGGGCCUCUUGUUUAUUUAUCUGUCAUUGGGGACAGUUUGUAUGAAUUUGGAAUGAUUAAAUGGACUCUAACUCUACUAUUAACUAACAUAUCAAAUUUAAUUUACAGAAAAAUAGGCUAAUCUCUACACCACCUUUCAAGUUUCCUGUUAAAUGAAUUUCUUACUGACCAUCCAGAAUUUGUUAUGUUGUCUGCAAAGUGAUAUUCAUUCAUUUCUUCCUUUAAUUCUAGAGAGUUCACAUCAAGGGGGGUAAUAAUUGUGUAAAAUAGUAGGCCCUAGUGUAGAGUUUUGAGGGGUUUUACAAAAAAGGGUAAAUUGUUUAACUGUAUUUAUUUACUAUAUUUGUAGUAUAAAUAACUGUCUUAAAAACGGCAUGUAGAAUUAAUGUCAGCCCUGCUGCGUUUCAGAGAAAAUAGUGUCUGAAAAGAAGUCAUAAAUGCUCUUUUUCACCUUAAUUUAUGACUUAUUCUUAAGAAUAAGCAAGAAAAUACACAUUUUUUCAAUCAGAAGUACAAUAAUCUAAGUGCCUUCUUGAAGUUCUAUUCACUGUACAUUGCUGGGAAAUUGUUUUAUUAGAAAUAUUUGUGAAAAGAUUAAAAACUCAACAUCUCAUGAUUUAACUGUGGGUACGGUCCGUUGCCAUGGAAACACCAUGCAUGGUUCCAGUAAUUUUCACUUUUUUAACAUUGAUUAUCACCAUACACAAAAGUGUGAGAGUUUCAUUCAGAUUUGUGAUUUUUGCACUUUCCACUUUUUUAAAGAAAAUUCUCAAUGGUAACUGACAGCUUCUCUUAAUCUGUCCAGGUACAUGUAUAAGCAGGUCUGUCUCCUAUUGUCUAGUUAUGCUAUAUGUGACCCUCUUUUAUAGUUAUGAAGAUAUUAUGAUCACAGUUUCAGCAAACCAAAUAUAUUAAACUUCUGAAAUUACAUCUAAUUACCUAAUGAAAAUUAUUGAUAACCAAUUGAUCCAUAUAUCAUAAUGAAAAGGCUUAAUUUAUCUUUGCAAAAAAUAUACAAAAAUAGGAAAAUGGACAGUUUAAAUCUCAAUUGACCAGUAUUGACCACUUAGGGAGUAUUGACCGGGAUGGUUAAAACCGCUGAUUAAAACCGAGGGCGGUUUUAACCGCCCAACCCUGUGAAUACCCCCACCUUAAAUGGGGAUUGGAAUUACUAUUUUAUGUUUUGUUGUUUGCUAUUAUUAAGUAGAAUGGUAGAUAAAACUACUUUGUGUGCAUAAUGUCAUAGUAGGCUCUAUGUUGGACCAUUGGUGAUGAGAUGUGAUAUCUUAAUCUACAACCAGGCACCAUUUCAGAGUUGCUCAAGAGAAUCAACUACUGGUACUAGUACCAGUCAUUGUUUUGCCUUUAAUUUUGAUAAGAUCAUGAUCUAGUAUUAAAAGAUGUUAUAUUUUUAAAAGGAUAAUUUGAAAUUCUGCCAUGGCAAAUUUUUACUUUGAUGUUUAGGAUUUAUGAACACAAUGGUGGUAGGUGUUCUGAAUCUGCACUAAAGAAAUUGCAAGAAGGGGUAUUUCAGUUAUAAAAAAAUUCAGAAGAGAUAUAUCAUUAUAAAUUCCCAGUAAUUUUAUACUUUAUUCUGCUGAGAUAAGUCCACUCAUGUUAUAUUUCCUGAUCUAUUGUUGAUACUCCAAGAAGAAUUUGUAAUGUAAUCUUUAGUUGGAAUUUGAAUAUAGAUCGAGAGCUCUAAGUAAGAAGGAAUGCUUUUCUUAAAAAUGAAGAAUUUUUUCUAUAGCCUUAAGGGUAUUUCUGUGCUUUUCAGAUAUGAUUGAAAAGAUCAAAGAUUAUUUCUUCAAAGGUUUUAGCUACAGACUCAUACAUUAUUUGAUCCAAAGAAGAUUUAAUUGUAAUAUAAGUUACAAUUGUCUGAAGAGGAAGAUAAUUCCCAGGUUAGGAUUACGGCGGAGACAUGUAGACAUCAAUUUAGACGUACUUUUUAAAACUGCACAGACAGAAGUACAGAAUGGAUGUUCUGGAUCUGAAAACUUGAGAAGGACUUUGAAAAUGAAAUAUCAUUUGAAUAUCACAAGAUGUAUUUCAAGAGAAAUUGUGAGGAUUUUAGAUGAAGAUGGUGUAAAAAGGAGAAAACAGAGAAGGCUGAGAAGGAGACAGUACUUCAGUAAGGGUCCAAAUUUUGUAUGGCAUUUGGAUGGAUAUGACAAACUUAAGCCAUAUGGAAUUAGUAUUCAUGGCUGUAUUGAUGGAUUUUCUCGGAGGUUAAUAUGGCUUGAGGCAGAUAUAACAAACAAGAGACCUGAGGUUAUUGCUGAACAUUAUUUGAAUGCUGUACAUGAUCUGAAAGGUUGUCCUCAAAAAUUAAGAGCUGAUCCAGGCACUGAAAAUGGAAUUAUUUCCACUUUUCAUGCUUUUCUCAAAAGAAAUCGUAAUGCAGUAACUCUGGGAAGCUCCACCUCAAAUCAGAGAAUUGAGAGAUUCUGGGGUCUACUGAGACAAAUGAAAGCAGAUUUUUGGAUACAUCAUUUCAAGGGAUUGGUAUAUGAAGACCUGUUGAAGACAGGGGAUCAAUUACAAAUACUAUGCAUACAAUAUGUAUAUCUUCCAAUGUUGAAGAAAGAUAUCAAAGAGAUAAUGGAUUUGUGGAAUAACCACUCAAUUCGACGACAGAAAUUGGGAGAUACCAUUCCAGGAAUCCCAGAAAUCCUGUAUCAAAAUCCAGAAAUAGUUGGUUCAUCACAAUAUGUGCAUCUGGUUGAUAGAGAUAUUGUCCCUCAUUUACAGAGACUUGUUACUAAUAAUUAUAAGGAGAUUGACAAACAUUUUAUUGAUGUUGCCUCUUCCAUCUUGGAUUUUUAUGAACUGCCACAUCCCGAGACCAUAACUGACUGGACUACUGCCCGUGAAUUGUAUAUAUUUCUGAGCAAUUGUAUGCAGCAAAUAGUAAAUUAAACUGUAAUAAUUUUCAGACACGCUUAUAUUACUGUAUUUUAUAUUCACACAGAUGGUGUUGAGAGUAAUUGUCAGUCUUAGCUGUUGUUUUUCUUGAUCUUUUGUUUGUUUUUGAGGGGCGGGCGGGGAUGAUAAUCUAUCAAUUAAAUU